GUCUCGGUUCUACACUUCGUCGUAUAAUAUAUAUUUGACGAUGAAAUAACAACCACUAUAGAAAAAUAGAAAUAUAUCGCGAUGAUGAUAUUGUAUUCGUGAAAUAAAAAUUUGUUGUGUUUUCUUUUUCUUUUUUUUUCUUUUCGCACGUCAGUGUUUCUUUGUUCUAAUUUUAUUAAUUUUAGCGAUCACGCUACGUCGAAGAUUUGGUGUAGUCACGUACAAUAAUCGUAAAAAUAUAAACGACCAAGAAAAAUAAUAUUGACGACUGAGAAAAUUAAAGAAGAAAGAAAACAAGAAGAAACAAACAAAAAAGAAAAAGGAAAAAAAAGAAGAAAAUGAAAUAAGAACGUGUGUGAAUGAUUUUGUACAACGAUCAAACUCGUAUUGCUAGGAUCGAUUAUGCGAUGUAUCGAGAUACGAUAAUUACAAUGUUACAACAUUACCACUGAAUUAUUCAUCGAGAAAAUUAUAUAUUUCUUUGGAAAAUAAUAGUGAAUCGAUCGUCCGAUAUAUCGCGUACGUAAGAUUAACCGUUGAAAUAAUUAUCGAAAUAUAACGACGGUAUAAUCAUCGAGAAAUAUUCAAGCAGUUAGCGGAAAACGUAAUCUCGUUGAGUGUCGUUCAAUACCUACCUAUUAAAGAAAAUAAUAUUCCACUGAAGAUAUAUACUAAUGGAGGUGCGACGUGUUAAUCAAAAGUUAAGAUUUUAACUCAUUCGUUAAAGUGAUUUAUUUCACGAUUUUUAAAUUUAAGAAGGUGUAUCGACGGACAAGUUCGACGAGCAAUUUAUAUCCUGUUUGCUGCUCCUUGAAUUCAUUAGUUAAAAAGUUAUAUGUAUAUAUAUACAUAUACAUAUACAUAUAUAUAUAUAUAUAUAUAUAUAUAUAUAUAUAUAUAUACACUUAUGCAGUUAACACAUGUGUAUAUACAAACGAGUGUCAGUAGGUCCAAAUUAAACUCGGCAGAUAUUCCAGAAAGAUAAACGUUAUCAACGUUCGAUUCUCGCGGAAGGCACGUUUUAAACUGUGUAUAUAUAUAUACAUGUGUGUAUGUAUAUGUAUAUAUGUAUGUGUGUCGAGUCGAGUAGAGUCGCCAUCGAAAAAGUUGGUAUAAUUUACGAGCGUACGAAAACUUAAACGAGUUCCAACGAGAAGGAGGCCGCAAUCACUUCCACAGUUGCCACUGCCACUAUCGUUUCUGUCCUUAAUUGCUUCAAGUAUUUUAUUUCAGUCUCUUAGUUUUAAAAACCGUACGAAUGAACGAAUUAUAUCUUCACAGUUAAAAAGAUAUAAAUACGAUUUUACGAUGGCGAAAGAAGAAUUGAAAGAAUAUAACAUGGAAUUUAUUAAAACUGAUCUCUUACCGGAAAUGGUUCAUAAUCGAUGUUUUUGUGAAUCAGGUUCACGCGAAUUUGUCGAAUUCGAAUCGGCCAUCGUCGAAUCACUCGUAACUGAUGAUUCGUUAAAACCAUGGGAAUUGUAUCGUGUUAAAGCUAUUGUAAGAUUUUCCGGUGAACCAAUGAAUUUUCCUUUGAUCGUGAAACUAUUACCGUUAUCCGUUCAGUCGGAAUACUCAUUCGCCCGUUUUCAAAACGAAGAAAUGUUUUACAGUAAAAUGAUUUCUUUGUAUGGCAAAGAUCUAUUUCCAAAGUGUUACGCUUCGGACAUGGGACGAUACGGAAUGCCGGUCAUCGUUCUCGAGGAUUUAACAGCGAAUGAAUACGAAACGAUUCAAGAAAAUAGAAGGAUGAACGAAGAAGAAUUGAAGUUAUCUUUGAAAAGUCUUGGAAGGUUUCACGGGAUAGGUUUGAGAUUGAAAAAUGAAAAGUUCGAGCUUUAUCGAGAAUUUUACAUGAAACUAUCGAAUACUGUCGUUACGAACGAUGUAUCUGAAAAGUCCAUAAUGUAUUCCGAUGAAAAUUCGUUGGAAAAUUCAUUAAUGGUAAAAGAAAUGAAGAAAUUAUGGUAUAGUAAUAUCGGAGAGAAUGUUAGUGAAACUUGUACGAACGUCGAUGAUAUCUCAUGCAUAUGUCAUGGUGAUUUUUCCAAGAGGAAGGUGUUGUUCAAACGCGAGAAGAACGGUACGCCGAUCGAUGUGAAAAUGAUCGACUGGCAAACAAUGAGAUAUUGCUCGCCUGCUAUCGAACUCGUUAUCAUUUUCAUCAUGAAUAUUCCGACGCCAUCUCGAGAUCAGCAUUUCCUUCAGGAAAUAUUGACGGUCUAUGUUGACGCCGUUAGAAGUGAAUAUACCACGAUAACGUGUGAACGAUUGAUUGAACAGUUAUCAUCAACAUCCUUAGACUAUUUUACUUUAUUACUUCAAAAGGAUAUCAUGAAUAAAGAAAUAGCUCAACAAUGGAUAGAGUUUAUUCAAUCUUUACGCGAUUUUUUACGUGAUUGAAAGAAGAAAUUAAAUAUAUAUGUAUAUAUAUAUAUAUAUAUAUGUAUAUUUAUUAUUAUUUUUUUAUAUAUAGAGAUUAAUUAUUAAUAAUAUAAUCGUUAUAUAUCAGAUUGAUAUCGAUAUAUGUAUUUAUUUCAAUUUUAUAUGUAGUACAAUGUAACGCUUUGCAUUUUACUAUGCACAGUACUUGCAUUUACUAUUUUACAUAAGUAAUUUACUUAUGCAUAUUACUUUCUUUUUCUUUUUAUACGAGCGUUUUUGGUAAAGAAAAAAGAAAAAAGAAAAAAAAAAUAAGGAGGAAAAAUCUUGAACUUGAGGUCAUCGAAAAAAAACGUUCUUUUUCUGUGCUCUCGUAUUGAACGUACGGAGAUAGAAUUUUUCAAUCCCAAUAUCAACGUAUCGAUAUUACCGUUCGUGCAUAUAUAUAUGUAUAUACCUGUAUACUGUAAUGUAACACCUAUGUAUAUGUACGUUAUCUUAAUAUACUCGACUAUCUCUUUCAAUAUUUUUACAAAGAUAAUGUAAAAAAGUGUAGAUAGAAGAAAGACUAAAUGAAAGUUAAAAUAACCGGAUAUUAAACCUCUCUUAUCGAUUUGUUAAGAUUUUAUUAAAAUGUAAUUAUUACUCACCAGUUUUAUAGAAAUAAUAUAUAUAUUCGUUAGAACAUUUUUACUUAUUUUUUGUUUCUUUUCUCUUUUUUUUUUUUAUUUUGUACUAUUUCACAAAACGAACUAUGUAAACUUUAUUGAUCCAUAUCUUCACCGUUUCCAGCUUCCUCUGUAGAAAUAUGUAAAUGGAUAAGAAAUAUAAAAGAAAAAAGAGAAAAAGAAA